AUGCGGCGCCACCGCCUCAUCCUGCCACUCCUCCUGGUGGCUGCGGCGGCGGCGUCUGCCGCGGCGCGCGCCCCGUUCGCGUGUGCCCCGGGCGGCCCGGCGACGUCGCUGCCGUUCUGCCGUCAGACGCUGCCGCUGCGUGCGCGCGCGCGGGACCUGGUGGCGCGGCUGACCCGGGCCGAGAAGGUGCGUCUCCUGGUGAACAACGCGGCCGGGGUGCCGCGGCUGGGCGUGGCCGGGUACGAGUGGUGGUCGGAGGCGCUGCACGGCGUGUCGGACACCGGGCCGGGGGUGCGCUUCGGGGGCGCGUUCCCGGGCGCCACCGCGUUCCCGCAGGUCAUCGGCACCGCCGCCUCGUUCAACGCCUCGCUCUGGGAGCUCAUCGGCCGGGCGGUGUCAGAUGAGGGACGUGCAAUGUACAACGGCGGUCAGGCGGGGCUGACCUUCUGGAGCCCCAACGUGAACAUCUUCCGGGACCCACGGUGGGGCCGCGGCCAGGAGACCCCCGGCGAGGACCCCGCCGUCUCCGGCCGCUACGCCGCCGCCUACGUCCGCGGCCUGCAGCAGCCCUACGGCGGCGGAGGUCACCACGGCGGCCACACGCGUCUCAAGACGGCCGCCUGCUGCAAGCACUUCACGGCCUACGACCUGGACAGCUGGUCCGGCACCGACCGCUUCCACUUCAACGCCGUCGUCACCCCGCAGGACCUGGAGGACACCUUCAACGUGCCCUUCAAGUCCUGCGUCGUCGACGGCCGCGCCGCCAGCGUCAUGUGCUCCUACAACCAGGUCAACGGCGUGCCCACCUGCGCCGACGAGUCCUUCCUCCGCGGCACCAUCCGCGGCAAGUGGCAGCUCGAGGGGUACAUCGUCUCCGACUGCGACUCCGUCGACGUCUUCUACAGCGACCAGCACUACACCAAGACCCACGAGGACGCCGUCGCCGCCACGCUCCGAGCCGGGCUGGACCUCGACUGCGGACCGUUCCUCGCGCAGUACACCGAGGGCGCCGUCGCGCAGCGGAAGGUGUCCGACGCCGACAUCGACGCCGCCGUCACCAACACCGUCAUCGUGCAGAUGCGGCUCGGGAUGUACGACGGCGACCUGGCCACGCAGCCGUUUGGACACCUCGGACCGCAGCACGUGUGCACCCGGGCGCACCAGGACCUGGCGCUCGAGGCGGCCAGGCAGAGCGUCGUGCUCCUCAAGAACGACGCCGCCGCACUGCCGCUCUCACCGGGCACGCACCGUACCGUCGCCGUCGUCGGCCCGCACGCCGAGGCCACCGUCGCCAUGAUCGGGAACUACGCCGGUAAGCCGUGCGGGUACACCACGCCGUUGCAGGGCAUCGGCAGGUACGUGAAGACCGUAUUGCACCAGGCGGGCUGCACUGACGUGGCAUGCCAGGGCGGCAACCAGCCGAUCGCAGCUGCCGUCGACGCGGCCCGCCGUGCCGACGCCACCGUCGUCCUUGUUGGACUCGAUCAGAAGGUCGAGGCCGAGGGCCUGGACCGGACAAGCCUGCUCCUUCCUGGUCGCCAGGUAGAGCUCGUCUCCGCGGUGGCAAAGGCCGCCAAAGGGCCGGUGAUCCUGGUGCUCAUGUCCGGCGGGCCCGUCGACAUUGCGUUCGCGCAGAACGACCGGAAGAUCGCUGGCAUCCUUUGGGCAGGGUACCCAGGCCAGGCCGGCGGGCAGGCCAUCGCUGACGUGAUCUUCGGUCACCACAACCCAGGAGGGAAGCUGCCGGUGACAUGGUACCCACAGGAUUACCUGCAGAAGGCGCCGAUGACGAACAUGGCGAUGCGCGCCAAUCCGGCGAAGGGGUACCCCGGCAGGACGUACCGGUUCUACACUGGCCCGACGAUCCACCCGUUCGGGCACGGCCUCAGCUACACCAAGUUCACCCACACGCUCGCGCACGCGCCGGCGCAGCUCUCCGUCCGGCUCACCGGCCACCACGCCGCCACGGCCUCCUCCCUCAACGCUACGACACAUCUUGGCCGCGCCGCCGCUGACGUGCGCGUCUCCCAUGCGCGGUGCGAGGGCCUGAGCAUCCCGGUCCACGUCGACGUGAAGAACGUCGGCGACCGGGACGGCGCGCACACGGUGCUCGUGUACGCGUCCCCUCCGGCGGCGGCCGCCGCCGCCCACGGCGCGCCUGCUCGGCAACUGGUGGCGUUCGAGAAGGUGCAUGUCCCCGCCGGUGGCGUGGCCCGCGUCAAGAUGGGCUUGGACGUCUGCAAUGGCCUCAGCGUCGCCGACCGGGACGGGGUCCGAAGGAUCCCCGUGGGCGAGCACAGCCUGACGAUCGGCGAGCUGACCCACUCGGUCACGCUCGGGGUUGAGCAGCUAGGGUCCCACCGAGACGUCGCCCCGUAUGACAUCCUGCCCAUCGCCGCUAUGCACGACGAGCUCCACAGCAACCCGGCCUCCUCCGUCCGGGCGCAAGCAUCAGAGCUCCGCUGCUCCUAG